AUGCCGUUCCUCGCAUGUAUCGCACGACCGGGUCUGACUCUGAAUCUGGCUCUGAUGGGGAGGAGGAGGACGACACUUGAUCUCCGCAGGAUUUCUAAGCUCAGGGUCUGACCGGGCGUGCGCGAGGGCCUCGCGAACGCGUCAUGGCGGCGUCUCGGCGCGACGUGACAUGUAGGGCAAGUAGGCGAUUCAUCCUCGGCUUCCUCGCAAUUCAACGGGUCGACGGGCCUUCAUUGGCGAUGUUGACUCACCCCAGCAAUUCAAGCCACUUCCGAUGACAACUCUUCGGGUCCUUCGUGAACGCGGGGGUGUUUUUCGCGACUCCCCCGCGGGCGCGGCGGCGGGCCGGCGGGGGGCUACGGAGACACCGUCGGCACGGGCACUCGGGCACGACUCCACGGAGCGGUGGCGCCGCGGGAUCCCAAAUACCUUGACUAGCUCUGGGUCGGGUCUCAAGCAAAGCGCCUUCGCGUCCGCGUUCAGCAGACUCAAGGUUGUGUGGCGGCGGUUCCCUUUUUUUUUUCCCGCACAUCGCUGCACGACCUCUGCGACGAGUCCCCUGGGGCGGGGAGGGGUCCCGCAAGACCGCGCGCAAAACCCGUCGGUUAAGCUGAGGCUAGCUAGGCUAGCCCGGCGACGAGGGGGGCUAUAACAACACACACACACUAGCAAGCAGCUUAGCUCAAAGCAAGCCUGGCUUGCAACCGCACGGGGAGAACAAGUGCAACCAGCCUGCUCGCGGCGAGGUGUCCGGUGCAGGCGCGAUGCGCGGCGCCGGCCUGCUGCUGCUCGCCCUGGCCGCGGCGCGGCCGCGGCCGCACCACCGCCUUGCGCGGGGCGGCGCGGCCUGGUCCGCGGACGAGGCGCGCUACUCGCGGCAGCUCCUCGCCUUCGGGCGGGACGCGCACGCGCGGCUGCGCCGCGCGCGCGUGCUCGUCGCGGGCGCGGACGCCGUCGGCGCCGAGGUCGCCAAGGACCUCGCGCUGCUGGGCGUCGCGGCCGUCGACGUCUUCGACGGCGACGGCGACGGCGACGGCGGCGGCGGCGGCGGCGCGCACCUCUACGGCGCGCGGCCCGAGGCGACGCGCCUCGCGCGGACGGUCGCGGGCGCCGCGGAGCUCUCGGAGACGCGCGUCGCGGCCGCGGACGCGUUGGAAGUCGGGGCCUACGACUGCGUCGCGGCCUGCGGUUCGGGGCGGGAGGCGGCCUGCGCGCUCUCGGACGCGUGCCGCGCGGCGGGCGUGCCCUUCGUGUGGUGCCGCUGCGCCGGCGCGGCCUUUUGCGUCUUCGACGACUUCGGCGACGGCGCGGCCGUCGCGUCCCGCGAGCUCGCGGGCGCGGCCCGGGAAAGUGUCCCGCUCGAGCCGCUCAGAGCGCUUGGUGAUAAUCUGUACCGCGCCGAGGCCGCGGGCCGGCAGCGCCACGAGGCGUGCGAGGGCGACUUUCUUGACCUCGACGGCGGCGCGGUCCUCGAGGUGCGGGCCGUGGCGACACCCUGGGCCCUCGAGGCGGCGUUGAUCGAGGGCGCCGUCGACACCAAAAAAAGGUGCGGCGCGCGGCUGCGGCCGGCGACGCGUAUACUGAAACAGGUGAGCCUGCGCGACGCGCUCGCGGCCGCUUCUUUUGGAUCCUGCGACGGCGCGCGCCUCGACCGGCGGGCACUCGAUGCUAUCAUAGGGAGCGACGACGCGCCGGACGCGGCCGCGGCCGCGGCGGCCGCGGGCGUCGCGGCGCACGACGUGCUCAAGGCCGUGAGCGGCGGGCUGCUGGGCGGCCCCGCGCCGGGCCAAAUAUUGGCGCACCGCCCCGCGGCGCCGGUCCCCGACAUACCGGAGGCGGCGCGCGUGCUCGUCGUCGGCGCGGGCGCGACGGGCUGCGAGCUGCUGAAGAACCUGGGCCUGCUGGGCGUGGCCCGCGUCACGGUCUGCGACGACGACGCCGUCGCGCCCUCGAACCUGUCGCGCCAGUUCCUGUUUCGGCCAAACGACGUCGGCGCGAGCAAGGCCGAGCGGGCCGCGCGCGCGGCCGCGCGCCUCGCCCCCGAUACGGAAUACGUGGCUAUACCGAGGCGCCUCGACGCCGCGUCCGUGGAUGCCGUCGCCUGGGACCAGGUCGACGUCGUGGUCAGCGCGGUCGACUCGCUGGCGGCGCGCGCGUUCCUGAGCCGGGUCUGCGUCGAGCGGGGCCUGCCCUUCGUGGACUGCGGGACGCUCGGGGCGGCGGCGUCCGUGCAGCCGGCCCUGCCCCACGCGACGGAGAGCUGGCACGCGACGGCGGUGGCCGACGACGGCGACGACCGCGGCGGCGUGCCCGUGUGCACGAUCAAGGACCACCCCUAUAAGGCCGAGCACUGCGUCUGGUGGGCGCGCGACGCCUUCGCCGGGCGCUUCGAGGCGCGGCCGGAGCGGCUCGCCGCGGCGCUCCGCGCGGCGCGCGCGCCGGGCGGCGCGCGGCGGUGGUGCCGGAAGAACCCGGACGCCGCCGCGGCGGCGGCGGACGACGCCGAGGGCCUGCUGGCGGGCGACGCGGACGCCUGGGCGCGGGCCGCGUUCCGCGAGCUUUUUGUGGAACCGGUCGCGCGGCUCCUCGCGGCGCACCCGCUCGACGAGGUCGACGAGGACGGCGCGGCCUACUGGACGGGCACGCGCGUGCCGCCGGCGGCGCCGGCCCGCGAGGACGCCGCGUUCCUCGCCGCGACCGCGGCGCUCCGGCGGCGCGCGCUCGGCGGCGGCGGCGCGGCGGCGGCGGCGGCGCCGGCGCCGCGCGCGCGCGACGCCGCCGCGCGCCUCGAGGCCGCGGUCGCGCGGCUGGGCCCGGACGCCGCCGUCGCGCCGCUCGCGUUCGACAAGGACGACGCCGAGCACGCGACGUGGCUGGCGCUCGCGGCGAACCUGCGCGGCGCGGCCUUCGGCGUCCCGCCGGUCGACCGGCUGCGCGCCGCGCAGAUCGCCGGCGCCGUCGUGCCGGCCGUCGCGACGGCGACCGCCGUCGCGUCCGGGCUCUGCGCGCUCGAGGCCGCGAAGCUCCUCGGCGGCGGCGCGACGCGCGCGCGGCUCCGGUCGACGUUCUGCGGCCUGGCGGCGCCGCUCUGGGGCCAGGCGCCGCCCGCGCGGCCGGCGCGGUGGCGGCUGCCCGGCGGCGCCGUCGCGUCGGAGUGGGCGCCGCCGACGAUUCGCUGCGCGCCCGCGGACUCCGUGCGGGCCGUGGCCGGGCGCGUCGCGGCGCUCCUCUGCCCCGACGAGGAGAUCGAGACGCUCGUGGCGCCGAACGGCGACCUCGUCUUCGCGCGCGCGCUCCACGCGCGACACGCGCCGGCGCUCGGGGACGUGCUCGAGGGGGCGAGCGUCGUCGAGGUCCAGGCGACGAGCGGCGACCUCGAGCUGCCGGCCGUCCGGCUCGUCGUCGCGGGCGAUUAAUGUGUCACACCUAACCUUCGCGCGCCACGACCCUCGCGAUCGACCGUCCAGCGGGGACGGCUAGCGAGGCCGGCCGAGACCGCUGCACGGCGGCGUACGAAAUAACUGCAGUCAACUCGGGCUUUGGGGGCACGCGCCUUGGCGGCGCCUCGGCGAAAUUGGGCGUUCCGUACACAACCUCUAUCUAUCAUGUCUAUGUUCUUGGGACUCUAGCAUUCUCUGUAGCCAUGACAACUUGAAGAGACUCGGAACUUUAAACUAGGCCGCCGACAUUUCAGCAACAAAGCGACGCUAUAUGACAUUUCCCUUCCUGAUGGUGCAGAGAGCGUGCUGCUGCAUCGCGACGUCCCCAGGGGUCCUACGUGUCGGGGGCGUCCGCUGCGACGGCGGCGAGCGUCGUCUCCUGGCUCUGGUCCGCGCCGGGCGGAACGCCGCCGUUCGAGUGAUGAAGUUGGGGCCCCAAUCGACGCCCGACGACGUGCAGCGCGUCCGCCACGGUGGCGUGAGCACCCAGCGUCGUCCCCUCGCGGCCGACGGGCUCGGGGGGCGGCGCCGGCCGCCGCUGGUGGCGGGGCAGCCCCAUGUUACUUUGCGAAUCAAAAAAAUCGCAGAGCGCAGAACGAUCUGGGGGGCGGCGGCGCCGCGGGGCCCAAACAGCCCACGUAGGGCGGCUGCCGCGAAGCGGAUUUUUCAGGGGGCGCAGGAGGGCAAGUCGCAGCGUC